CAUGUCAUCAGUAGAUCUGCAUACACAUUACUCAUAUCAGGUAAUGGUGCCCGAGGCUUUUGCAAUCGUUGUAGCCCCAACCGAUAGCUCUAAGAGUCACGGAAUAUUUAAGCUAACGGAUCCAGGAGGAAUGGAGGUACUGAGAAGCUGUUCCGGGACUGGAUUCCACCCGCACAAAGAACCAGAAGAUGGUAACCCAGUUUAUGAGCAUUGCUCAAACGUCUACAAGAACUCUAACCUUCGGUUCGAGAUUUUUGAUCUGCGUUAAGGUAAUGACCCUUCCAUGGCCUUAUCAGUUAUCAGUAAAAAGGUUCAAGCUUAAGCCACUCUUGGCUAAGGAUGUCAAUAAUAACUGUAACUCGUAACCAGAACUGGAUACUUGGUCUGAGAAGACUGUCAGAUUGGGGUUAUGAACAACACAGUGUUAAUAAGUUAAGGUAAGUAACUGUAUCAUAAAUUGAAAUGUCCUAAUAUUUUGAUCAUUUGACUCCAUUAUGGAAGAACACUUAAACAAUGACAAUAGACACUGUGCUGGUUAAAUGAAUAAUAUCUGUAUAAGUGUAUAACCU